CCUCCUCCAACUCCCCGCAGCCACACUUCGCUAGCUAUCUCGACUCCAAACUCACAUCAUAUCAAUAGUGCUCUUAUUUCAGAAUGGCCAGCUCCAGAGCCCACAGGUGAUACAGGCUCUGCUAACCUUGUCCCAAAUCGACCAGAGUCCUCCAGCUCCCAGUUCGAUGAUGACAUAGCAAUCCACUCAGACUCCCAAAAGCAUACUAGAAUGGACAUUUCCCAACAGGAAUUGACAUUUCCUUCCCAUGCGCUGCCCUGGGAUUUCAGUGACUGGGAUUGCAGUGAGAGCUUGGCGAUAGAAUUUCUAGAAACACCAAGCCACCCGUAA